ACAGAGAAGUUUUCAAAGGGUGAUCUCCCUCUUCAAUAUAAAGGGGAACUUGUCUCAGAGGAUGAAGGUUAUCAAAGAGAAGAUUUGCAUGUGGAAGAACUAAGAAGCUUUCUCUUCUUUUUUAAGGAUGGAUUCAAGUGUUUACGGUAAGUUAUUUUAAUUAUAAUACAGUAAAACGUCACUAACCGUAAGCGCUAAGUUAAACAAAAAAUAUUUUAAGGUAGUGGGGGAGGCUGUCCUAAGACUACUGUACACAAAUCGACCUGAAUGAAUUCAAAUAGGCUUCAUGAGAUUGUUAAUCACUAAUACUGAAAUACAUACUAUUUUGUGUGUAAUGUGCUUCAUGAUUUGUCAUCAUUUACUCCAAAUGAAAUAAAAUUACCAUCAACAUAUAUGGUACUUUUUUUGCACUUUUUUGGCUUUAUCAUGAGUUGCAUUUAAGUUUCAUUGUAAAUAAAGUAGUUGUGUAAUUUUAGAUGGGCUUGGUCUGCGCCACACAACCGAAGGAAGAACUGAAACUAAGUCAUCAAACCUUACACUACACUUUUACAAGGAACAAAUUGAGACUGCUCUUUUCCAAUUAUAACUUUGAUUUUUGUGGAUUUUCUAGCCUUGAUGCAACAUUCUCUGCUGGACUUGGAAGACUAAAAAACGAUAAUCCAUUAAAUAAAGCAAAUGAGAAAGAUUAACGGUGAAGACAAAGUGUGCCUUGCCCUUUGUGGACUUCGGAACGGUGAAGGUCUACACUGUGACCAUGAAGUUAGAGAUCUUCCCUGGCGAAAGCUAAAAGGUAUUGCAACCUAACCAUUAAUAACUUGUUUUGGGAGACUUGUGUCAUACUUAACAGAACUGCAGCAACUCUUUUCUUUGCUUGUGUUUCAGUGUAAUGGACCCCAUGAGCUAUCAGGGUGUUUGCCCCAUCUCUUCUAAAGAUAAUUUCGUUUUUUUUUUUUCUUGUUUUGUUUUGUUUUGUUUUGUUUUUUUUUAGGGGAACAUUCAUAGCCCUUAGGAUAAAAAAAUAUAACAUUUAAUUCUCAAUUCCAGAAUUAGAUUUACUCAAAUGCAAACCGUUUCAGUCCUGUUAUGAUUACGUAUAUUAAUCUCUCUUAACAUGAAUAUUGCAAAUACCAUACAAUCUGUCUAGAUAUCAUGACAACUCAUACCGUCCUUGGUCAAAACAAUCUAAAAGUUAUUUUUUUUUUAAUAAUACUUCAAAUGAUGACGACAAUGAUUAUGAUGAUGGCUCCAAUCAUUCAUUCCUGGUUUCACACAAAUUAGCAAAACUCUACACAUUUCUUUUUCUUAACCACUUAGGUAAUGAGAGCAAGGCAGAUGGACUAAAGAAUGGGACAGUAAGGUGCAACACAAAAAAGAAGAAAAUAUGAACAAGGGCAACAGCAGUCCUGACAAUGAUGAAAGUUUCCACAUAGAUGUAACAACAAAUUCUGAAGAGAUUUACUCCCUGAAUCAGAUCAAUGACUGUCUAUUUACAGACUCCUUGGAAACUGGUAUGUACAUACACACACCCUCUAUUAUAUAAACUGCAGAUGUCCUUUACACUCUGAGCCCAUCAAUUCUUAGGGCUCUUUGGAAAAUGAAAGAUAUUUUUUGAUGUUACAGAAAUAGUUUUCCAAUAUUAAAUCCCCACUGAGUUUUUUGUAAGUGGCUUUUGCCAUUUCAAAUGUCUUCAUAAAUAUCAUUAUACAUUCUCUUCCAACGUCAAAGGUAAGUUGCAACCAAACAAAAGCCUUAAAAAUCAUAAAAACAAUGAACUAUUACUACCACGGCUAAAAGUAAAACAGUGGUGUAAGAAAAGUGCAAGAAAAGGGGAGGAGGAAAAGCAAAAGGUGUAAGACUGCUUUUUGUGCAUAACCAAACUGCGGAAGCUUAUGAUUUGCAUCUGAAAGAACAGUAUCUAUAAACGGUGUUUUGGACAAUUUCGCUCUUCAGACCCUCAAAGUGACUAAAAGAAACGGUUUGAAUAGCUUCGAAAGACAUUCUCAGACAAAACUCCCAGGAACUAAUGCGUCAAAAGAUGGUGGUUUUGACAUAGAAGAGUUGAAGUUAUUAAAUGAAGUUUGGCUCUACUAAGAAAUAAUGAUUAUCACAAAACAAGAAAAAAACUGUUACAUUCCUUUUUCUUAACCAUGUAGUUAAUGAAGGUAAGAUGCCAGUAAAAGAUGGCAAAGUUGAGAGUAAGGUGCAACGCAACAAAGAACAAAAUAUGAACGAGAGCAACAACAUGGCUGAUGUUGAUGAACAAUUCCAGAUAAAUAUCAUAACAACUAAGGAUGUUUCCUCCAUGAAUCAGAAUAACUAAAUAUCUGCAGACUCCUUGCAGCAAUUUCACGAGUGGAAACUUGGGUUGUGUGAUAAGGAAUGCUGGGUAAACGAUGAAGCGAAUUACAAAGCAAUCGAAUAAUUAGAAUCUCUGCCUUUCAAUUUGGCUUAAUUUAAAGAUAGUCACUAAAUUUAUAUUGAUAGCCACAUAUAAAGCAAUUACCUGACAUAUUUUGAAGGAAAAGGAACUUGUUAUGCUGAAAUAAGCGACCACUUGCCACACAGGUCUAUCAGAGAGUAUCAUUUUACGAAAUGGCAUUGUAAGGGAGAUACAAACUGGAAAGAAACAUCUAACAAGUACAAUAACACAAUUAGAGAUCAAUCCUUAACUACUCAGAUUUAUUUUAUUGACUGGUUGGAUUGUUUUAAUUUGGAGUGAUUUUUGUCUGGCCCGUAUCUUGAACAAUAUGAUCAUCUCUUAAUCUGGCCAUUCAGUUCCACAGUAGUUGUCCUUGCUCAACCAACGUUGCCAUUUUGUAUAACUGCUUCAGUAAAAUUUCCACAGACAGGUCAUGUUCAACUCUCACUUACUUACACUUUUGUAUACUGAACUGAUCAUGCUCCCUUAUUGCAAAGAAUUUCUGUAAGGGGGGGUUUCCAAAUCCUUUUUCGGGUUGAGUUGUUCAAAGCUAGGUUUAGAUAAUCCAGGCUUAGUGUGAAAUCUGGUUCCAGAUCUGAAAGCUUUAAAUGAAAAUUCAAUACAAUUCUUUUUGUCUCCAAUUUAAAAAUUGGAUGCUAUGAAAAGAAAAGAGAAGAUAAUCCAAAAAAGGCUUUUGAAAGAAGGAACAAAGAAGCUUGGAUAAAAAUUUGACCCUGGGUUAAUGCUUAUUGGCCUUUGAACAACUGGGCCUAGGAAUCUCUCAUCAACUUCUUUUUUUUUCCCACUGGGGCAUAUAUAUUUAUAAUGCUUUCCUAACUUAGAAGUUUCAAGUUAUAGUAAUUAAGCUUUUUUUAUUUGUUCCAGUCUUGCCAUAAACAAGACUUUCAGCAUAACUCACUAUUUUUCCUCUUGAAUUCAAAGGGGAAAGAAAUCUACAUCUCCAGUUCCUUCUUCUUACAACGGUGGAAUAAUGCAUCGCAGAGCAAUGCACCUGAAAAAGUCCUUCAUUCUGUGUCAGGUAAUAAUGAUUAUUAUGAUAAUAAUACUUUUAAACAUGCUUAUAACAUAGCAUGCUUGCCCUAUCUUAGUCCAAACCUUAUUUAAGUCGUAUUUUCAUCUCCUACUUCAACAAAGUCUCCAGUUAUCAAGGAAAAUGUCAUGAAAAUUCUGGAAUUGAGCUUCUUUAAGACACUCAAACUGACUGACCUAAAACAUUGCCUGACAACAACAAUGAAACCAGGAAGGGUAGAUCUAACUGGUGGCUAAAUCUGUGGAAUGAUAAUAUUAUGAUUGCAAAAAUGUACUAUAAUAUUAAAGAGUCUCAUGCUGUUGCAUCGAUACUUUUUUGGUUUUUCCUUUUUUUUUGGUUCUUUAUUUUUUUUUACCUAUUUUAGCUUUCUAAUUUCUAAAUUAAAUCCGGAAAGUCAUUCUUUUUAGCCUUGCCCCCUUCUCCUUGGUAUUUUCAUCAACCCUGACUGGGUAACACAUUGCACAUCCUGAUGUCAUGAUAUCACAAUUACAGCAAAGACAGUGAGAACAUUUUAUGAAGUCUUCAAAAUGUUCAGCAUAAUGACGUGUUUUUCUGAUGCUAAUAAUGCCUUUUUGGGCCAUUAAAAAGAAAAUAUUUCUGUUUCAUUUUUUAUAUUUUAAUACCUUGGGGGAAUUUCUAUAAUUUGAGUUUGUAAAAUAUUGUUUGAGUAAACGUAAUUUAUGUUUUAAUUAUCAUAUUUUUAAAACAGAUCAGACAUAGUUGAGAUUCGUAGUAAGUGGGGCAG